AUGCAAGCACACACAAAGCCAAACAAUGGGGGCAACGGCAGCAAAACUCAGCAAAGCAAAAAGGAUAAGCAGCAGAAGGAGAAAGAGCGCUUGGAACGCUCUCAGCUCGUCCUCUGGCGUCGCCCACUGCAGACGUCCAAAUAUUGUGCACUUGAACUGAUUGAACUGCUGUGCUCUUGGGGCAGCAGUUUGCUGCGACAACGUGGACUGCUGGCUGUUUUAAUAGUAUUAGGGCUUGUAUUUAGCGUAAUUUAUAAAAUCGAUGGCCCGCAUCAGCAGAUCAUUGAGCUGGUGCAUCGCAACACCUGGUUCUUUGUAUACUGGGUCGGACUGGGCGUUCUCUCGUCUGUGGGCCUGGGCACCGGCCUGCACACUUUUCUACUCUAUUUGGGCCCCCACAUAGCCAGUGUCACAUUGGCUGGCUACGAAUGUAACUCACUCGAAUUCCCGCAGCCACCAUAUCCGGACGACAUCGUUUGUCCGGAGGAGCCAUAUUUAAAGAAGAUGCCCAAUAUUUGGAGCAUCAUGUCCAAGGUGCGUCUGGAGGCGUUCCUUUGGGGCGCCGGGACAGCAUUGGGUGAGCUGCCGCCCUACUUUAUGGCCAAGGCAGCACGCUUGUCCGGCUAUGAUCCGGACGAUGCUGAGGAGCUGGCCGAAUUCGAGGCGUUAAAUGCGAAACGGAAUCAGAAGAACCUCAGUCUCAUGGACAGGGGCAAACUGUUCAUGGAGCGCGUCGUCGAGCGCGUUGGUUUCUUUGGUAUAUUGGCCUGUGCAAGCAUUCCCAAUCCGCUGUUCGAUUUGGCUGGGAUCACGUGCGGCCACUUUCUGGUGCCAUUCUGGACGUUCUUCGGGGCCACGCUGAUUGGCAAGGCCAUCAUCAAGAUGCAUAUACAGAAGAUAUUUGUGAUUAUUGCUUUUAAUGAGACGCUCAUCGAACGCGCUGUCGAUCUGAUUGCCACGGUGCCGAUAUUUGGGCGCAAGCUGCAACAGCCCUUCAAGGCGUUCCUCGAGAAUCAGAAGCAGCGCUUGCACAGGCAGCAACGUAGCCGCAAUAACACAGCCGGCGGCAGCGUCGGCAAUAGCGCUGAUUCCGCGAAUCUCUUGUCCAAAGUGUUUGAGACCUUUGUCAUUGGCAUGGUGUGCUAUUUUGUCGUCUCCAUUGUCAACUCACUCGCCCAGAGCUAUCACAAGCGGCUGCACAAGAAGUCGCGCCACCUGCCGCCAGCUGUGGCUGCUACCACAGUCAUCGGCAGCGGCAGCCAGAAGAAGCAUGCCAAACAGAGGGCACUGCGCGAUUAGGCGUGACUGCGAACAGUCAGUCCCCAUCUUACUAAUUUGAAGGCUCCUUUGCCACCUAUGCAAAAUUCUUCGUUAAUAAUUUGUACCUCUGCUCUGUGACCUACGGUCGAGUGGAUAUUAUUAUUGUUUUUUUUUUUUUUUAUCAGUUUUUUUUUCUUAGUCAAAUUCCAAGGGAACUUUCUGAACUCCAUUUUGUGUAAAAACUUAGGCAUGCUGUCUCUCAAGUUAGAGCAUUGAGAAUUUACCAAGUGGAAUUCCGAGAGUGAAACCGUAAACCAAACUAAAUUAUAAUGUGUACAAGUAUAUUUUGUAUAAAGGCGUGAAAGAGACGGCAAUAGUAUGGAAACGCCCUAGUUGAUACCCUAGACUAGACUAGUUCAAGAAGCAAAACAAAAGAAAAAUAAAAGCGAAAGAGAAUCCUUCAAAUGCGAGAGUAAUUAGAAAGAAGUAAGAGAGAGAGAGAGAGAAAGAGAGAGAGAUGUAAAACAAAGAAAAGCAAAGCAUAGAAAAGCAAACCCAAGCUAGUAACUAAACAACUGAACACAACGCAACAAAUUUAAGUGCAUGUAUUUCAAUAGUAUAAAAUAUUUCAGCCCAUUUGUAUGCCCUUGUUUAGAUAUAUUUUUUCACAAUUCGUGCGUUGCAAUAACAAAAUGCUAAUUGUUGUGUAGAAUUUUAGCUUCAAGAUAAACAUAAAGACAUUUCGGAACAAAAUAGAAAAAAA